GGAGCUACUUCCAGCAAGUCCAGACAACGCCUUUUUACGAUUUAAUUGAUGAAGCGGAUUUUUCUUCCAUGACACCGUUCAUAUUGGGACUUCGCGGCAUUAAUUCUACACCAUGAAGCUCUCGAGCUUUCUGCUACCGGCCCUGGCUGGCGUAGUUACCGCCGCAUCACAACAAACCGAAGGUUACCUUCUGCGCAAGUCCCCAGAUUUCAAAUCCCAAGGUUUCCCACACAUCUCCAACGACGUCGCCCAAGCCAUCAUCCAACAACGACUGGGUGCCAAUCAACAGCUUCCUCAAGAUGAAUCGUCCAUCUCGUUGAUGAACUCGGUCGGUGUGGGUUCCCGGCCUCUAUUUCACAGCGCAGACGAGCCAAACCAGUUGGUGAUUGUCUACAAGGGUGUCAACGAUCAGAGCGCGCAGGCCUUCAGGGACGUAAUGCAUUUGAGUCCAGCAUUCUACUCCGAUGACAUGACCACCGCCCACCUAGCGUCCCUUCCAGCUAGCGGGCGAUGCAGUUUUGAGGAAUCCACAGAUCCCGAGCUGGGCAAGUGUUGGAUGGGCUCAUCGCAGUACCUCGAGUAUGAUGUCACGAAGACCCGCGAUGCUGUGUCCAAACUAUCGAAAAAUUUCGAGAGGCUGCAAAGCCUGGCCGAGGCCAGCAAGAUGGAGACGAUGAUCGUACUCGUGCCCUCCACAUCAGACGCGACCUCCGAACUCCGCCGCCGAGAGUUUGGCGUCAAGGCCGAGGAGGUUCUCACGGAAGAAUCUACCACGGGCUCGACCGACUCAUCGUUCUCGAAGCCCCAGACUUCCGACCUUAAAACCCACCCCUUUGUCGCCAAGAAUGGCGUGCUUCCGGCCUGUUUUAAGUCGUUCAACACAUGCAUGACCGAUACUGGUGACUGCAGCCGCCACGGUAAAUGCACCCUCAAGUACAAGAAUACGGAUGCGAACGCGGGCAACUCAGAAUGCUGGUCGUGCUUGUGCCAUUUUGCCGGAACCUAUGAGGAAGACCAGCGCCACCCCGGCUCCAAGAUACAUCACUACUGGGGUGGACAGAGCUGCCAAAAGAUCGACGUGAGCGCUCAAUUCUGGCUUCUUGCCGGCUUUGCGAUUGUCAUGAUCGGCGUGCUUGGAGGCAGCAUUGGACUGCUGUUCAGUGUAGGUGAGGAGAAGCUGCCCGGCGUCAUUGGGGCUGGUGUUUCCAGGUCGAAGUAAACGCUAGCCUAUGAUAGUGUACGGAAUGGGUAGGUGCGAAGAAGAGGUGCGCUUUGAUUGGGGAUGCUCUUGUAUCAUAGUUUCAUGAUACGGUACCGGGAUCGGCGUAGGAAGCAUAUGUCCCCUCCAAGGGGGUCUAGCAUUUCAUAUUUCAAGUAGAA